AUGAGUAGACUGCUCAAGUUCCGCCGAAUCAUCUUCGCCCGACAAUUCCUCAUCCCCGUCGCUGUCGUCUACCUCUUCCUCUUCCUAACUCUGGGACCAUGGUCACCACGCUGGGCCUCCUCGUUCUCCCCCUUCACCGAACCCCCUAAGAAAGGCCCAGUGCGCCAACCCACCAACUUCAAACCACUACCUCGGCUACAGGAGCGUGUCCCGUGCUAUGGGCCUCGUGGCAAAUUCCUGUCGCGGAGUCCUGAUGACGAGUUGAAGGAGGAGAAGCUCGAUGUCGCCUACCCCCAGCCCUUCUGGGGCUCAUAUGCGACCAUCGGCCUCGACCAGACAUGGAUGACGAUCGACGGACGAUACGGACCCUACGGAUACGGCGAGGAGGACAAGUCGUACAACAGGUCCAAGGUCGAUUGGAACAAGAUUAACUGGGGCAAGCUCCAGAACGAAUGCUUCGAGAGGAACCGCCAUCGCUUUCCCACCUCGGCGAUUCCCUUCGAUAACACUCUUCAGAUGGUUCGGCUCGGAUACAGAAACGUAACACGCAUUCCUGAGACUCGCCAGUGGCACGAGUUCAAGAACACCCGACGAACAGCAAUUGUCGUGCGCGCGUGGAGAGGAUACGAUUGGAAGGCCGAGGACAUGCAGAACCUUCGCUCCCUGAUCGUUGAGGCAUCCUUGAGGACAGGAGGAGAGUACCAGGUCGUUUUGCUCGUGGAUAUGAAGGACUAUCAACCGUACAUCUUCGCGUCGGACGAAAAUUACGAAAAGGCCCUGAGCGAGCUUGGGAUUCCCGCCGAGUUCCGCGAAAUCGCAGUGUUGUGGGACGAUCGCCUGCUCGAGAGCUGGUAUCCGGAUAUCGCGGAGCACAGAACCAUGUGGCAGGUGUACCAACCCGUCCAGCUCUUUUCACUUCACUACCCCGAAUUUGACCACAUCUGGCAAGUCGAGCUCGACAUGCGCUUCACCGGUGACGCUGGCAAGUUCCUCGACAGAAUGUCCGACUUUGCGCGCAAGGAGCCGCGCAAGCAGGCCUUUGAGCGCGCCAUGUUUCAGCAGAUGGAGAACAAGAUCGGAGACUACAAGGCCUUUUUUGACGCGGUCAAUAGGGCCAACAAGGGUGGAGCGUACAUCUGGGGCCCUCUGAGAAUUCCCGACAUCGAUCCCAUCGGCCCCGAGCCGCCGACCGAGCUCGCAAACAACGAGGACUUCAAAUGGGGUGUCGGCGAGGACGCGGACGUGAUCGUUACGUCGGCAUGCAACAAUGCGCAAAAGGCCGACGCCUGGGUUUUCAAGGGAUGGCUAGGAGGAUUCAAGGACGGAACCAGCACCCCUCGCUUUUUCUGCCCACCCGCCAUUACCAGGACAAGUCGGACCCUUUUGCUCGCCGUCCACGAGGCCCAACUUGUGAAGGGACUGAGGGCGCCCAGCGAAGCCACGCCGUCCAGCUUUGCGCUCUGGCAUGGCCUCAAGUUGAGCUUCCCUCAACACCCCGUAUUCUGGAAGAAGGAGCACGACGACGAGACGCAAAAUGCCUGGUGGAAGGGGGGGCCAGCCAACAGCACCGAUGGCGUCGGUCCCGACGUCUGGGAUCACCCCAGUGGCAUGGGACUGACUUUUUGGUGGGAGAGCGAGUGGCCCAGGCAGAUUGUCGAUGCCUGGAUGGGCAAGGAGCUGCCCAAAGAUGUCGCCCGCCCCUGGCUCCUGGUUGAAAAGGACGGCAAGAGAUAUGUCCCGAACAUGAUGAUGCACCCCAUGAAGCACUACCAUUAAAAACAUAAAGUGGGGGAACGACGACACC